ACCUGUACGUCGUCGGACCAAUGGGAAGAGUUGGUUUGACGUCACGAACUGGCCAAUUCUUCCAAAGUUGCUAAAGCGAGAAUGUUACUCCUGCGUUGCCAUACAUGUGUCUUGUACUAUGGAUGUAUACGAAACUAAAAGUAUACGGGACUAAUUAAACGACUGUAGUACGUUUAUGUACAUACCAUGAAGAAUAUAUGUGAUUUAAGAAGAUUAUUAACAACUCUGAUUAUACUUUUUUGCCAUCAGGUUCAAUGCCAGCCAGCUGAACAACAGUUGGAAUUUAAACCAACAAUCAACGUUAGAUGCGAUCGUCGACAAUUAAUAGUAUCUGUGAUCACCGACAAUCGAUUCGAUGGGGUGGUACACGUCAAAGACUAUAGAAGAAGUUCUUGCUCUUCGUAUGGAAACAAUCAAUAUAAUACAACGUUAAAGAUUAAUCUGUUAGCGACACCUAAUGAUCCUGGUUACUGUGGUGUGAAGAUAAAAAAGAAUUCUGAUGAACAAUCCGUGGAUAUUGUUGUAAGAAUUCAUAAAACUUUAGAACUAUCUGGGGAUUUAUUUUAUCACAUCGACUGUGGUAAAUCCAGGUUUAAAAAUACGAGAAAUGAAUUAUCGAGAGUUUCUUUGAACUUCUUGGAUAAUAACAAGAAGACUUCAGAAUUAAUUUAUGGACAUCAAUAUUCACUGCGAGCUUCCAUUUCCAAUCCAGACAGCAUUUAUGGAUUGAAAGUUAAAUCCUGCAUUAGUUUUGCAUCCAAUGACACCGAAGUCCAACUAAUUGAUAACAAUGGGUGUCCAACUGGUAAAUUUUUAUCCGAAUUUCAAUACAAUAAAACAUCACAUUCUGCGGAUGCAAAGUUAUAUUCGAUGUUUAAAUUCCCAAAUAGCAAUCAAAUUCACGUUCAGUGUGACAUAGUCCUUUGCAGAGGAGGUUGCGAACAGGUAAAUUGUCCCGCUAAUUACGAACAAUUACCACGUGCACUUCCACAAAGUCCUAGUACUAGAGAAGAUAAUGUUCAAUUGUUAGCUUCUACUUCGGCAUUUGUCGUACAUCCAGGAGAACAGAUUCUUGCCCAAGCUACAACCGAAUGUACAGAAUGGAGAUUUCCAUGGUUAAUAGGUCUUUGUAUCUGUUUAGCUGUUUUAUUAUUAGUUAUGCUAAUUGUCAAUAUAUUCCUGUGCUCUUCAUUGACGUGCACCUGUACUAAAACAGAAGUGGUGGAGAAGGAACCUUCAGAAAUGGAAGACUACGAUCCUUAUAAAUUAGGUUGGGCACCGGGUUCUCAUUACGGAUCUCGCACGUCGCUCAACAAACCGGGCUAUACGUCGGGUGGUUCGACACUCAACUCGAUGAGCACGGGUAGUGAUCAUUAUGCCAUUGUUCAUUCUCGGCCCGGAAGCCGUUAUUCUCAACAUUCGAGUAGGGAGCCGUUGCACGUUUCCGGAGGCCACAGGGGUCCCGGAUCCACUCUUUCAAACGGACAAUAUUCAUCCAGAAUCUGAUGGACCUAGUCUACAUAGUUUCGGGAGAUUUCACAGAAUCUACGAAAAGAUAAUGGACUUUUCACGCGAAGAUUCCGGCGAUCCCCACCGAAACUAAGCAUUCUUGAUUUCGUUUAUUUUGUAUAUAACACAUAACUUCUUAAAAUUUUAAUUAAUACGUGUUCGUAUUCGAUGUAUAGCAUCAAUAACUAAUGUCCUUUUAUAAUUUAUUCCCCGAAAUAAUUUGAACAUCGAGAAAAUUACGUUAUUUGUGUAUAUAUUUUUGGUAAUCACGCGCAUAUUAAUGAUGUAAUCGUAAUAGAAAUGACAUUUUUUUUAAUUAUUAUUAAAUUGUCGGAGUUUUUAAACUGGUUUUCUGACAAAUUUCAAUUUUUUUAGUUGUACUUUACCGCCAUUUUCAUUAAUAUUGUUAUCAAUUUCGGUAUG